UUCAACAUUUGAAAGUGCUGGAGAGUUUGAUCCUGUAUUAUAACUGCAUACCUUCCCUUGAAGAGGUGAAAGUUUUGUAUGAGCUGCCAGCUUUAAGAGAGCUGGACCUCAGGCUCAAUCCUCUGACUAAAAGUUACCCGAAAUACCGCUCUAUUCUGGUGCAUGCCAUGACUAACCUACGCACGCUAGACUGGCUGUCCGGUCAGAGACACCGAGCGCAAAGCUGCCAUAAUGCAGUUCUCCUCUGACCUUCUACCUCAACAGAAGAGCUCACCUUUGAAUCAGGUCCCUGAACAAAGAAGCAGCGAUCAAAGACUGGCUUCAGUUGACCGUUUAACCAAGAGGCUCUCUCUCCUGACUGACUCUGAUGAUAUUGUGUUGAAUUUUGUUGCGAGGAAUCAUCAAAGUGAAACUCAGUCGUCUCACUCCGUUCACAAGGAGGCAGAAGAUUUUACUAAACGGAGAAGUUCUACUCCAAAACAGGAAACUGCUAAAUCCAUCCUCAGGUAUCCCUCUACAAAAUAUGAUAACACAGAGUCCAAAGUGCCACGCGUGAACGAACAAUCUCAUAAAAGAAGCUCUACCUCAUUAAAAGUGACUGAAAGACCAAAGGUGUCCUUUGGCCCUUAUGUGGAGAGACCCGUGUCCGGAAAACAAAAGCAAAAGGAAUUCUCCAAACAAACCAGACAUGCAGCCAAGGGACAUUAUACCCCUAAUCCUGAUCAAAGUCAUCGUCAUAGUUCCUCAUUAGUUAAUAUCCGGCCUCCCAGUCCAUAUCGUCCUGGUUUGAAUUUGUCUGACCCGUCCAACCCCAUCUUGCAUCCUCCAAGAUUAACCUACUCUAGCUUCAACAAGACAGAAGGGGGCUCCAGCCUGCCGCAGCAAGGGGAAAAUAAGAAAAGGGGUAGUUAUAGGAAACCCCUGGAGAUGUUACUCAACCUUGUGGACAAACACUGGACUGGAGAGAGAUCACUGCAUCAUAACAACAACUUCCUGUCUCAGGCAGUCCAGAUCCUCUCUAUGAUGGAAAGCGAUAUUUCCAGUCGGGAGGCUGAGGUCAGGACCUUAACACGGGAAGCUGAUGCACUGAGCUUUCAAGCGGCUGCACAAGAGGAAGAGCACAAAACUGAAAUCCGGAACCUCUCCGCUCAGCGGGAGGAAGCUCACAGUGCAGCUGGCAAACUAAACGAGCAGUUGAGGAUUGUCUUGGAGGAAAAUGUCGCUCUACAGAAACAGCUCAUCAAGUUAGAACGACAGUAUCUGAAGUCUAUGAUGAAAAGUUCACCUGUUACUCAGAUUAAAGAAGCUCAGACAGAAGUGGAGGAGCUGAGGAAAGAGAUCGAGGGGAUGAGGGAGAAAGUGCAGGAGGCUGAGAAAGUCAAGGAUUUGUCAAAUAUGCUGCAGGAAAGCCACAGGUCCCUGGUGGCUACCAAUGAGUGUUUGCUAGCUGAGCUGAAGGGAAGUGGGGAACUUUAAAGAAGAAUAUGAAUGAAAACAUGCACACCGAUUUGAAAUAUCAAAGCAAGACUAUGACGAGCAUCAUAUUAGCAUAUUGCAUUCGCUGCUCGAGGCCCGGCAGCUACAGACUGUUUUUUAAGCAUUUAUGCUUCAUAUUAUAUCGUAGUGUACAUUUAAAGUUUUGUGUGUAUUAAGUUCCUAGCCCUUUUUGAAGAAAAAAAUGUGUUUAUUAUUUAAACAAAAUGUGUAUAGGCUGCGUUUGCGUGAUGUAAACUGUAACGGGGAAAGGCAAUUCAUUCAAUGAAGUUUGUGUAUAAGUGUGUGACAGGGCUGUUAUGUUAAAUGGUUUUAAGGGGGAAAAUGUCAGUGAGAAGGUCAUAAUGUAUUUCCUGGAUCAGUGGCAAGAUUGCGUCUCCCUUUGCUGCUUCAAACCCCCCAUCCCCGUUUUUUUUUUUUUUUUUUAGUAGGUCACGUGUGUGUCUCCAUCUGCUUUGUACACUGCAGUGGAAUGAAUGCAUCUAGAUUCCAGCUGCACUGUGACUUUAUUUAUACCUCUGCCUUUGGGCUGGAGAGCUACACACACACUCGCUCACGCACACACACACACACACACACACACACUCGCUCAUGCACACACACACACCUUUCUCUCACAAACACUAAUGGAAGACCUGGCAAACCAGUUUUCAUAGUGUUCCUGAAAAAGCCAUAAGAACAUAAAAGUUUGUGUUUUGACUGACACCCUGUAACCUACUCAGCAGAGCUUCGGAGGUGUUUCUUUUUAUUUUAGGUUAAUGCACUACAAAUCAUGAACACACAUUAAGAGGUCUAAAGAACAAGAACAAAAACACACUGCAUGCCGGGGCACUAUAGUACAUUAAAAGUUAUUUCAAAAACAAAAACAAAAAGACAAUAUUGUUCCUCCACAUUAAAGGUGCACAGUAUUUGGCAUAAAGCACAGAAAACAGAUCAAGCAACUGCAGCAGACAGAAACUAACACACGCAGCUGCUAGUUUUGCACUUAAUGCAUGAUUCUUCAUCAGCUGAGGCUACAGGUGGCAUGUGACACAAACACUGUCACUAUGUUGGAAAAAUAUUCUACAAAAGUAUGUCACUUGUUAUUGUUUUCUUUUAUCUCGUACAGUAUGUAGGGAUACAACAGUAAAACCCUGCUUUUGUUUUCAUUUGAAUUUGUGCCUUGGAUGACAGUACCACACAUAACAGGUACUCUAAAUCUUUACCAACAGACAAAUAUUAUAGCAUUGGAGCGUAGCUGACUUUGUAUGUACAAGUUGAUACAUAUUGAUUUCAAAGCAAUACAAGAUUUAAUCAUAACCUCACAAUUUCAUCACUUAGCAAUAAAAUAUUGAAGUGUGUCCAGUAGUCUGUUCUCACAGCAGUUCAGAUAAGAUAUGACAAACUACUACUGUCAGCUAUUUGCUUCUGAAUCAAAUGCAAUAUACAUAAACAUGCACAAAGUACAGCAAUACAGGAAAAAACAACAACAUAUGAAGCCAGUGUCAUAAAUCAAGCCAUGUGGCUUUAACCUUUUAGAAUAUACACAAUCUUACCACACAUAUAUUAGAACUACUGUAUAGAAAUCUGAUGAGGAAAUUUAAGUAAAAUGUUAAAAAUACAAUCUUGUACAACUGAGCUCAUCGACUGUGGAAAGAGUUUCCUUCUUAAGAUGAAUACACCAAUUUAAAAUUCAAAA